AUGAAUGAUUCUGACAGUGAUCGACAUAAACAAAUUAGUGUUAGAGGAAUUGCACAAGUUGAAAAUGUUGCUAACAUCAAAAAAACAUUUAAUCGUCAUUUGCAUUUUUCAAUGAUCAAGGACAGAAAUGUUUCGACACCUAGAGAUUAUUAUUUUGCACUUGCUCAUACUGUUCGUGAUCACUUGGUAAGUCGAUGGAUUCGAACACAACAGCAUUAUUAUGAAAAGGAUCCAAAGCGUGUCUAUUACCUUUCGUUGGAAUUUUAUAUGGGAAGAACUUUGUCAAAUACAAUGCUAAAUUUGGGAAUGCAAGCAACUGUUGAUGAAGCUUUGUAUCAACUUGGUUUAAAUAUCGAAGAAUUACAAGAAAUUGAAGAAGAUGCAGGUUUAGGAAAUGGAGGUCUUGGACGUUUGGCUGCUUGUUUUCUUGAUUCAAUGGCGACAUUAGGAAUUCCUGCAUAUGGUUAUGGAUUGCGUUAUGAAUAUGGGAUAUUUAAACAAUUAAUCAAAGAUGGAUGGCAGGUUGAAGAACCAGAUGAUUGGCUUCGUUUUGGAAAUCCUUGGGAAAAGGCUCGUCCAGAAUAUAUGCUUCCAGUUAAUUUUUAUGGAAAAGUUGAAAAAGAUUCUUCUGGAAAGAGUCAUUGGCGUGACACUCAUCUCGUUUUUGCUAUGCCUUAUGAUACACCUGUUCCUGGAUUUCGCAAUAAUGUUGUCAAUACUCUUCGUCUUUGGUCUGCAAAAGCUGAAAAUCAUUUUCAUUUGCAAUUUUUUAAUGAUGGUGAAUAUAUACAAGCAGUUAUGGAUCGAAAUGUUUCAGAAAAUAUAACGCGUGUUUUAUAUCCGAAUGAUAAUAUUUUUGUUGGGAAAGAAUUAAGAUUAAAACAACAAUAUUUUUUGGUUGCUGCUACUUUACAAGACAUUAUUAGACGAUUUAAAUCAAGUCAAUAUGGAAAUAGAAAUCCUAUACGUGUUGAAUUCGAUUCUUUUCCUGACAAGGUAGCAAUUCAAUUAAAUGACACACAUCCAUCUAUUGGCAUACCUGAACUGGUUCGUCUUCUUGUUGAUGUUGAAGGAUUGGAUUUUGAUCAUGCUUGGGAUAUUUGUAUUAAAACAUUUGCUUACACAAAUCAUACUUUAUUGCCUGAAGCUUUGGAACGUUGGCCGGUUUCGAUGUUAGAACAUUUGUUGCCACGCCAUUUGGAGAUUAUUUAUUUGAUUAAUCAACAAUUUAUGGAGCAAAUUGCAAAAAAAUAUCCUGGAGAUGUUGAUAGAAUGCGUAGAAUGUCUAUUGUCGAAGAACCUGAUCAAUUCAAUGGGGAAAAAAGAAUUAAUAUGGCACAUUUAUGUAUUGUUGGUUCUCAUUGUACAAAUGGUGUUGCUGAAUUACAUUCAAGUUUAUUGAAAAGCCAAACUUUUCGUGAUUUUUACGACUUCUUCCCCAAUCGUUUUCAAAAUAAAACAAAUGGAAUAACACCACGUCGUUGGCUUCUUUUAUGCAAUCCUUCACUUGCUGAUCUUAUUUGUGAUAAAAUUAGUGAUGAAUAUAUUUAUGAUUUAUACAAGCUUAAACAGCUGGAAAAAUUUUCAACUAAUAUUGGAUUUUUGGAUGCAAUUGCACGGAUUAAAAGAGUUUAUUUUUUACACAAACUUAAUUUUUAUGUUUUAAAGGAUAAUAAAUUACGUGUUGCACAAUUUAUUAAAGAACAAUUUGAUAUUGAUAUUAAUCCUGCAAGUAUGUAUGAUAUUCAUGUAAAGCGUAUUCAUGAAUAUAAACGUCAAUUGCUAAAUAUAUUGCAUGUAAUCACUUUAUAUAAUCGAAUAAAGGCCGAUCCAAAUGAUGAUGAAAUUGUUCCAAGAACUGUUAUGUUUGGUGGAAAGGCAGCCCCAGGUUAUCAUAUGGCUAAACAAAUUAUUAAAUUGAUUAAUGCUGUUGCUUCUGUUGUUAAUUGUGAUCCUAUUGUAGGGGAUAAAUUGAAGGUAGUCUUUUUGGAAAAUUAUCGUGUUUCAAUGGCUGAAAAAAUAAUUCCAGCCGCUGAUUUGUCUGAACAGAUUUCUACAGCUGGGACAGAAGCUUCUGGUACCGGAAAUAUGAAAUUUAUGUUAAAUGGUGCUUUAACUAUUGGAACUUUGGAUGGAGCUAAUGUUGAAAUGGCUGAGGAAAUGGGUGAAGAAAAUAUUUUUAUUUUUGGAAUGCGUGUGGAAGAAGUUGCUGCUUUGGAGAAGAAAGGUUAUAAAUCUACUGAUUUUAUUGAACAAAAUAUAGAAUUACUUCAAUGUGUUGAACAAAUUGAGGCUGGAUAUUUUACUCCAGAUCAACCAGAUGCACUUAAAGAUGUUGCUAAUUCUCUUCGUUUUUAUGAUCGUUUUCAUGUUUGUGCUGAUUAUGCUGACUAUAUUCGUUGUCAAGAAAAAGUUUCAGAGACAUAUAAGAAUCAAGACAAAUGGUUAAAAAUGUGUUUAUUUAACAUAUCUUCAAGUGGGAAAUUUAGUACGGAUAGAACAAUAAAAGAAUAUGCAAAUGAUAUUUGGAAUGUUGAGCCUGGGACUGUUCAAUUACCACCGCCAUAUGAAACUGAAGAUGCUCGUAUUCCUCCUUCAGAUGGAUUUUGA